AUGGAGCCCAGCCCGAAUGGCAUGAUCCUGAAGCCCCCACUUCCACAAGGUUGGCAGCAGCGAGUGGACACUGGAUUCCAAAAGAUCCGCAAAUACAAGGCCCAACAGAUGAAAGAGCGCUGCAUUGCUCCUCGUCCUGCGCCCGGUUCCAUCAGGCCCAUAGUGAGGUACCCUACAGUUAGAUACCACACCAGGGUCAGGGCUGGUAGGGACUUCAGCCUGGAAGAACUCAGAGUGGCUGGUAUCCACAAGAAAAUGGCUCGCACCAUCGGCAUCUCUGUGGAUCCAAGGAGGCGAAACAAACCCACUGAAUCACUACAGGCCAACGUGCAGUGCCUGAAGGAGUACCGCUCCAAGCUCAUACUUUUCCUCAGGAAGCCUUCUGCUCCAAAGAAGGGAUAUAGUUCUGCUGAAGAACUUAAAUUGGCCACUCAGCUAACAGGGCCUGUCAUACCCAUCCAGAAUAUAUUCAGAAAGCCAGUGUUAGCAUUUAGUCUAGGCUCCGCCCCCACAGGUUCAGAAAAGAACUUCAAGGCUUUUGCCAGUCUUCGAAUGGCCCAGGGCCAAUGCCUGGUUCUUUGGCAUCUGAGCAAAAAGGGAGAAGGAAGCUGA